CACUGCGCAGAGCCAACUGUCCAAUCAGAACGUAGCACUGCAUUAGUACUUCCGUUUUCAGCUGUGACGGAAACAUAAGCAACUGCAAGUACUUCCAUGCUCUGGAGUGGACGUGGCCCUACGAACUUGAUAUCGACCACUCAUGCAGCGCUGCCUUACUCUGACCCUUGCCCAGCACAGCAGGCUCCUAUUGAGAAAUAAUUUAGGAUCUGUCCGCUGCCAGCAGUCAGCAGCCAUGUCAGGUCUUCUCAUCAACCAGGCCAAAUACUCCUGGCUGAAAGAGCUGGGUCUGUCUGAAGACAACCCUGGUGUUUACAAUGGGAGCUGGGGAGGCAGCGGAGAGGUCAUCACAUCAUACUGUCCUGCCAAUAAUGAGCCGAUUGCCAGAGUAACUCAGGCAACUUUGGCGGAGUAUGAAGAAACUGUACAGAAGACAAGGGAGGCUUGGAAGAUGUGGGCAGAUGUUCCAGCUCCCAAAAGAGGGGAGAUUGUGAGGCAGAUUGGAGAUGCACUUAGAAAGAAGAUUAAAGACCUUGGGAGCCUGGUGUCUCUGGAAAUGGGAAAGAUCUAUGUUGAAGGAGUGGGAGAGGUUCAAGAAUACAUUGAUGUCUGUGAUUAUGCCGUUGGUCUGUCUAGAAUGAUUGGUGGUCCUGUCCUGCCAUCAGAAAGACCAGGCCACGCCCUGAUUGAACAGUGGAAUCCAGUUGGUCUUGUUGGUAUCAUCACUGCCUUUAACUUCCCCGUGGCUGUUUACGGCUGGAAUAAUGCCAUCGCUCUAACCUGUGGCAAUGUCUGCCUGUGGAAAGGAGCUCCAACCACACCUCUCACAAGUGUUGCAGUUACCAAGAUUGUGGCUGAGGUGCUAGAGCAGAACAACCUGCCUGGCGCCAUCUGCUCCAUGACCUGUGGAGGCGCUGAUAUCGGCACAGCCAUGGCGAAGGAUGAGCGUGUGGAUCUGCUGUCGUUCACAGGCAGCACCCACGUCGGGAAGAUGGUGGCCAUGAUGGUGCAGGAAAGGUUUGGCCGUAAGCUGCUGGAGCUUGGUGGAAACAAUGCCAUCAUCGUGUUUGAGGAUGCUGACCUGAAUCUUGUGGUACCCUCUGCUGUCUUUGCAUCUGUGGGAACUGCUGGCCAGCGCUGCACCACGACCAGGAGGCUGAUGCUGCAUGAGAGUGUCCACGACGCAGUGGUCGAGAGGAUUGCCAAGGCCUACAAACAAGUCCGCAUCGGAGACCCCUGGGAUCCCAACACCCUGUAUGGGCCUCUGCACACCAAACAAGCUGUGGAGCAGUAUCUGGCAGCUAUUGAGCAGGCCAAGCAGCAGGGUGGCACUCUUGUCUGUGGGGGCAAGGUAAUGGACCGCCCUGGAAAUUACGUGGAGCCUACCAUCAUCACAGGGCUGGCUCACGACGCUCCCAUUGUCCAGACCGAAACCUUUGUCCCCAUAUUGUACGUCCUCAAGUUCAAGACAGAAGAGGAGGCGUUUGCCUGGAACAACGAGGUCAAACAGGGCCUGUCCAGCAGCAUCUUUACCAAAGAUAUGGGCCGGGUUUUCCGCUGGCUGGGGCCUAAAGGAUCAGAUUGCGGCAUUGUGAACGUCAACAUUCCUACAAGCGGAGCUGAGAUCGGAGGAGCCUUUGGUGGAGAGAAACACACAGGAGGCGGAAGAGAGUCAGGCAGUGACUCGUGGAAGCAGUACAUGAGGCGUUCAACCUGCACAAUAAACUACAGCAAGGAUCUUCCUCUGGCCCAGGGAAUCAAGUUUGAGUGAAGCCUUCAAGUGGUUUGUUGUUCAAAGCAUUUGAUGAAGCAGAAAGGACAACACUAAAUGGUUUAGAGGCAGAGUGUUGUUGUCUCACAAAUUUUAGACAUGUGUCAUUGCAUUUUUACAAACAGUUCAGUUUGAAUUCUAGCAAAAAAAAAGAAAUAAAUUUUGGUUUGGUUUAAUUUUUCCUGUAUCAUAUCUACAUACUUCUGGUUAUUGCUUUAGUUGUUAUUCUUGGUUUUGAAAUAACUCUUUGAAAUUAGUUUGUGAAAGGUCAAAUACUGUUUCUUCAAAUGGCUGGUUUGCACUUUUCAAGCACUUAAGAAAGUGAGUUUGAGCGCUGAAUAACUGUACCAGAUACUUUGUACUUUAUAAAAAAAUAAACCUUACAUUUAUUGUGAAA